GUCCUGUGUCAGAGUGCAGCGGUAAUAGUGUGUGUGUUUCUGUGUGACAGACAGAGACGGACCGGCAGCCAUGGAUGAUGUAUAUAAAGCAGCGGUUGAGAACUUAACAGAGGAGCAGAAAAAUGAGUUCAAGGCUGCAUUUGACAUCUUCAUCCAGGAUGCAGAAGAUGGCUGCAUCAGCACCAAGGAGUUGGGGAAGGUGAUGAGGAUGUUGGGGCAGAACCCCACCCCUGAAGAGUUACAGGAGAUGAUUGAUGAGGUGGAUGAGGACGGCAGCGGAACAGUCGACUUCGAUGAGUUCUUAGUUAUGAUGGUCCGCUGCAUGAAGGAGGAGAGCAAAGGAAAAUCAGAAGAGGAGUUGGCCGAACUCUUCCGCAUGUUUGACAAGAACGGGGACGGCUACAUUGACUUAGAAGAGCUUAAGACCAUGCUUGAGUCCACCGGAGAGGCAAUCACCGAAGACGACAUUGAAGAGCUGAUGAAGGACGGAGACAAAAACAAUGACGGCAAAAUUGACUAUGACGAGUUCCUGGAGUUCAUGAAGGGUGUUGAAUAAAGGAUUCACCAGGUACCUGAAGGCCUCAAACAGCAGCAUCUUAAUGUUUCCUUGUAGCUGGAACACCAUCUGAUGUCAUUUCCAGUAACACCCCCCCCCAGUUCGUCCAUGGUUUCAACUCAACACACAAACACAUCUGUCCUCAGCUAUUUUAUGACACCCCUGUCCCAUCACUUAAAUUCUCAAGAUGCCUCCACGAGACACUGAGAGGUCUGAAGAGAGAAUAAUGGA